AUGAAUGCGCGCCUCGGUCUUCCCUCUCCCCUCAUAUCCCCUGCGAUCCCCUCCCCCCUCUCCACAGGUAGUCGGCAGCCACUACCCAAUGCGCGCGCAGGACCGUCCAAUCCGCCGGCGCCGCCGAAAGAGAGACCACCCAAUUUUGAGAUUGUGAUUCCUCUCGGUGGGAGAAGGAAAGAAUACCCUUUCCAUUGGCCCGCGCAGGAGGAUAUCGAGAAGGAGCCAAAGAGGCUGCCGAAGAAGGACGAGUACGAUGUGCUGCAAGAGCCGUUGUUCUGCCUCUGGCAAAAGUGCAAAGCUCAGCUUGCGAAUGUCACUAUUGCCAAGAAGCACUACGCGCAACAUCAAGCCUCGGUCAACGGAAGGGUAUGCGGUAUUCGGCGGUGCGUAAAACCCGUCGAUAACACCAUACCUGGCGCGUGUGAGCGGCACUACACCGAGUGCCAUCUCCAGCGCUUUCAGCCCAAUCUUCGCUAUCUUGCCCUUGCGGAUCCCGGCGCUCGUCCCAUUGCUCCUCUCCCCAGACAUCUCGCCCGGCCUCCUCCACUUCCUUCCUCGGAUAUAUCCCCGCAAUACCUCAUAUCCUCUCCCGUUGCGCCAUCCCCUCUCCCCGUCGAGCCUCCUUCCCAAUCAGGCCUCGUUCCGCCAGUCCUCGCGCGCAAGGCACGCAAGAACAGCCCGGUCGAAAGCUCCCUGGGGUCCUCCUCGUCGACGAGCACCAAAUACUCUAUCCUUCCGGACCAUGGCGACCACCCAUUCUGGCCCACAGAGGGGGAUGCCAUAUCCACCUCGUCCCGGAAAUACUCGAGCUACAUCUUUCCACAUCCAGAGGAGGGCGGGAACGACGAUUCGGACAAGGCCGUCGUGGAAAUGGGCAACUCCAUGUCGGAUCGCAAUGCCGUCUCGUCCAUGCCCACAUUCACAUUCCCCUCUAUCCCCGAAACGGAAGCCGUAAAUACUCCUUCCCCAUCUAGCUCCAUCACCCUUCGGGCCGCGGUCCCGCCAAAAUCAGCCACACGGCUCGAGCUUAGGGUUGUACCGCGCACCCAAGCGGGCCCUUUGCACGUUACCGUCCCCCUCGCGGAUAUCCACGCCGAGAUUGCCAAAGUCAAGGCGAGGCUCCCGGCGCACGUCCCGCCGAGGGAUGCUUCGCCAGAUCCUCACGUCAGGGAUGGGAAACGAAGGAGGAUGGAGCGCGAGGCGCUCAAGUCAAAGAUUAGGCGGGCGGCGGAGAGGGUGGCGACGCAGCAGGCGGGAAGGACGCUGGGUGUGGAGUGGUGGGAGACCAUGUUUGAGGUGAAGGGGUCUUUGGAAGAAGCGGCGAAGGGGGGGCGUGUUGGUGAUCUACGGUGA